GCUACGCUGAACUGGGGUACCGACGACCGGCGUACGUGGGGUAACAAAGUACAGUCACAGUCACCUGUGAUUCAUAACUUGGAACCUUUUUAAAGUAGAAUUUUCUUGACACCAAAAAUUUGACGUAUAAUUCUACCAUCCUCUUUUAUCUUUUUUUUUUUUAUCUUUUAUUCUUUUUAUUCAUCCCUCUUCUCGCAAAACCUCAAUAAAAUAAUCUAGAUCAUCGUACUAUCAUAUUAUCAAACAUGUGUGGUACUGAUAGUCCAGCUGCCAGCAAUGGCACCAAUGGCACCAAUGGCACCAAUGGCACCAAUGGCACAAACGGCACAAACGGCACCAACGGCACCAAUGGCUCAUCUCCUGUUCGCCGCUCAAACCCAUACCAAUCCAACCCGGGCGAAUUCUUGUCCAACGUAGGAAAAUUCAAGAUUAUUGAGUCAACUCUCCGCGAAGGAGAACAGUUUGCCAAUGCCUACUUCGAUACACAAACCAAAAUCAACAUUGCCAAAGCUCUCGAUGCCUUUGGAGUUGACUAUAUCGAACUCACCUCCCCCGCCGCCUCUGAGCAAUCACGCUUGGAUUGUAUCGAAAUUUGCAAGCUUGGCCUUAAGGCCAAAAUCUUGACGCAUGUCCGCUGCGAUAUGCGAGAUGUCCAAAUGGCCAUUGACACUGGUGUAGACGGCUUGGAUAUUGUCAUCGGCACCUCGAGCUUCCUUCGAGAGCACAGCCAUGGAAAGGACAUGGCCUUCAUCACCAAGGCCGCUUUGGAAGUCGUCCAAUACGUCAAGUCUAAGAAUAUCGAGGUUCGAUUCUCGAGUGAGGACUCGUUCCGAUCAGAUCUAGUAGAUCUGCUAUCUCUUUACAAUGCCGUAGACAAAGUCGGCGUCAACCGUGUCGGCAUUGCUGAUACAGUUGGCUGCGCCAGCCCCCGCCAAGUAUACGAGCUCGUCCGAACCUUGAGAGGCGUGGUUUCUUGCGAUAUCGAGACCCAUUUCCACAAUGACACUGGCUGUGCUAUUGCCAAUGCCUUCUGUGCUCUUGAGGGUGGUGCAACACACGUUGAUACUAGCGUGCUCGGAAUCGGUGAACGAAAUGGCAUCACGCCUCUUGGCGGCUUCCUAGCACGUAUGGUGGUCACGAGCCCUGAUUAUGUCAAGAGCAAGUACAAGCUUAGCAUGAUCAAGGAGAUCGAGGAUAUGGUCGCUGAGGCGGUAGAGAUCAACACCCCUUUCAACAACCCUAUCACCGGGUUCUGUGCCUUUACCCACAAGGCCGGUAUCCAUGCCAAGGCCAUCUUGAACAACCCUUCCACAUACGAAAUUCUGAACCCCGCGGAUUUUGGCUUGACGCGCUACGUACACUUCGCCUCCCGCCUAACAGGCUGGAAUGCCGUCAAGACUCGAGUUACACAGCUCGGUUUAUCGAUGACGGAUGAGCAGGUCAAGGAAUGUACCUCCAAGAUCAAGGCGUUGGCUGAUGUGAGACCGAUAGCCAUCGAUGAUGCUGACUCCAUUAUUCGAAGUUUCCACCUAAAUCUACAGCAAGCUCAGACUACAAAUUAAGUAGCAUUUGCAUUUGGUAAGAGGGAAAUGGAGCAUAUAGGAGUAAUUUUAUUUUUCCAAAAUGGAGCCGAUAUAAAAGGGGCAUCAUCAAAAGGAACCAAAAAGGGACCAAAAGUUUUGUGUGCAUAACUUGGGCUCGGAAAAAAAGACAUGUAGAUCUGGGGUAAGGCUCUAGGUUAGCAUAGACCUCCUGGCAUCUUGUCUACUUACAACUAAGGGGGCCGGGGAAAAAAGUCAUUAGUAGCAUUGUUUUUCUGUCCUUAAACUUUUCAAUACCAUGGCCGAGCAUUCGGCUUCUCACGUUCAUAUAUUCCAAGAC